AAACGGCCUGCGUGUCAACACAGACUUCAGGGUGAAACUUUUCAACGGGCAUCCUCCGGUUUGCUUGUUGUCCAGUAAAGCUGAAAGACUCGUGCAGCCCAGCCAGGAGACACCAAAUUGUCGUGGAAUUAGACAACACUCGCAGACUCGUCCUCUGAAGGAGUUCGCUGAGCCGUUUACCGAUGCUGCGGCGCGAGGGAAAGCAGAGAGGCCGCCGCUGUCGCGUCUUGUUCAGUGACCUGAAGGCUUUACUACUCAGGCCACCACCGCCACCGGCUCCGUCGGCCAUGAACGGAGCGCCGAGCUCCCACGCCGCUUCUCCGGCGGAAAGGACGCGUGAUGAGGACGACGCUGCCGCCGCCACUGUUGCUGAGUGGGCUGGAGACGCGGAGCGGGGCGCCACGGAGAGUCCGGACGGCGGCAGCUCGAGCGAGGACUGCACCAAAGAGAAACUCGACGAGAGAGCGAGUCUGGAGAGCUGCACUGAGAGCGGAGCGCGCACACCGCUGUGCCGGAUCUGUUUCCAGGGCGCAGAUCAGGGUGAGCUGUUGAGUCCUUGCCGCUGUAGUGGCUCAGUGCGGUGCACUCAUGAACCGUGCCUGAUAAAGUGGAUCAGUGAGAGAGGCUCGUGGAGCUGUGAGCUGUGCUACUACAAGUACCAAGUCAUCGCCAUCAGCACCAAGAACCCGCUACAGUGGCAGGCGAUCUCUCUGACGGUGAUCGAGAAGGUGCAGAUUGCAGCGGCGGUGCUCGGGUCGCUCUUCCUUAUCGCCAGCAUCUCAUGGCUCGUGUGGUCUUCGCUCAGUCCCUCAGCGAAGUGGCAGCGCCAGGACCUGCUCUUCCAGAUCUGCUACGCCAUGUACGGCUUCAUGGACCUGGUGUGCAUUGCUCUGAUCGUGCACGAGGGGCCAUCUGUGUUUCGUAUCUUCCACCGCUGGCAGGCUGUGAAUCAGCAGUGGAAGGUGCUCAAUUAUGACAAGCUGAAGGACUCGGAGGACCCUCAGAAGGGCAGCAGCACCCUACGCUCCCUAACACUCCCCCUGAGCAGUCGGGGAGGGGUGGCCCUGCCCACUUCCCCUUCACCUUCUAGCUCUGCCCUCACGACAGCUGCCACGGUGACCAUCACCCCUGGCACAACUGUGCCAGCGGUUGCCAUGGCGCCUGAGGACUCCUCGGAGGUGGAGCGCCACCGUGCGUACAGCCUGCUGCAGCUGCUCAGCCUCAAUCUCCGAAACCAGGAGCCCAGAAAUGCUACAACGCAACCCAGAAACGACAACCGCGAGCUGGUCAUGAGAGUCACCACCGUCUGAGACUGCGAGCGAAGACGAACUGGAGAUUUACGACAACUCGGGGAAGGGAAGAAUGACGGUUGGACCCAGUGGCAGAGAGGUUUGCUAGCAAAUGAGCUCAAGGUCCUUCUGGUACACUUUGGUAUUUAUGGAAGUAAUAAAUUCUUGCAAGUAAGACAGAGUAUUGUGGGAGGAUUUUAGGAGCUGUCGAGCACACCUUCAAGGCUGUGCGAGGCGGUGUGUUUUGGAGUCAAACAACAAAGCUAAAGGUCAAGUUCAGAGCAAAGAGUUCUGUUUUGAGUUUUUAAAGCGAGUGGCUCAUUAGGGCUGAUAUUAGAACAUGGCCACAUAAGUGGUGAGUAUUUUCAAGCACAAGAUCCAACAAUGCAAAGCAGCUCUAAAAUGCAACACACACAGACACACACACACACAAGCCUAAAAUGAAAUUUUUUGUGAGGGGGAAAAAGAUGUACAGUUUUCCACUAAUCCCAAAUGUAGUCCAUCAGCCAGGACAUGUCUGGUGUCCAAUUAGCGUUGCACAUACGCCACAAGGUUAAUUUAGCCAACAAGUAAUGGAAGUCUAUGUAACCUAAAAUCUUUUCUGUAAAUAUCUACCCCACAUCGAGGUUUUCAGUGAUGUCAUCCAGAUUCACUGAUGUGGUUUAGGACACAGUGAGACUUACUUAACAAAACUGUAAUGUUAUGGGCAGCCAUCUUGGAUCACCACACACACACACACACCAUUCUGCCUCCUAGGCCCCGCCUCCCUAUGUCUGACUGCAUAAUUGCAAGAGAAUGCUGGCUCUAUUCAGAUAAUACAGUUCCAUUUUGAACUUACGCUGGGAAAUACAGCCUCUUCAUUUGAUUUAAAAAUGAGAAAAUACUGAUUUGUGUUUGAAUUUAUGGAAAAGUAUUUGAGUAAGAUUGAGUAAUUCUUUGAUAACUACAUUAGCCUUGUAGCUUCUGUGUAAAAGUAAAGAAGCAAACGGUGCCAGUCACGGCUCAUUGACUUGAUUUAGGGGAAGUGGAAAAUGGCAAAAAUGAUAAAUUAAUUAUAAAAAAAAAAAAAAAAAAAAGUUUUUUCUGCCCAACUACACCUUUAAGUUUACAUUUAAACACAACUGGCUGUUUGGAGAAGGGUCAGUAAUGCUGUUAAUGGACUCUCAAUUCGAAAAGAGCCCGGUUUCCACGGAGACGACCCGCAGCCACACUGAAACUACCCAACUAACGUGGCCUGAGUCAAGCGCUCCUGUUUGACAGACUCAUUUUGUUUACGUUUGUUAAAAUGUCAGAAAAGAAAAUACACUGCUACAUUAAAAGAUGAAGAAUGAGUGCAAUAUAAAAAAGUGUUUUUGUCAUUUCUCUUUGGGGUUUGGGAGGUAGGGAGGAAGGGAAGAAGGAUAUGAUUGAUGAACCGUGGGAAAAGUUGUGACAUCAUCGUUUCUGCUGUAGCUCAAGCUGAGCCUCACUCACAUGCACUCUCACUGAUUGGCUAUGGAGGAAACAUAUCCAUGCAAGGC